AUGCCGCUUCAACCACCCUCCGAGUCAGAGAUUCUCACAUCCUACCUCCUGCACCCCUCUCCCCUCCCGACAAUCCUACCCUACAAAUCCUUCCUCGCACUUCUACCGCCCGGCGCGUCGGCGGCCUCUGCACGACAGCACCCGACCGAACUGAAGCGUCUGUACCGAGACCUGCAAUACCAGAGGGACGUCAUCGUUCACGAUGUGAGUCAACGGAUUGAAGACGAGUGUCGACGCAGCGUGGAGCUCACGGCGCGGCUGGGGAGGCAGAUUCGACGGGAGGAGGAGCAGCGAGGCAGGAAGAGGAAAAGGAAUGGUGAGGACGAGGGCGUAGACAAUAGCGAUGUCGACGCAGAGGAACAGGAACAAGAAACACACUUCGACACAGCCCUCCACGGUGGACAACCCCUAGGCACCACCCUCCCCACCGCAACGGCAAAGCACAACCACACCACAACCACGCUCCUCGAGGCCAUGGCCAGCGCCACCCGGUCCCUCUCCGACGAGAUCGCAGAUCUGGAGAAAGAGAUCGCCGCGCUGCACAAGGAGAGCCAGGACAUGAUCGGGAAUCUGAGUGAUUUACCUUACGACGGACGGUCUGCCAGAGAGGUCAGCCCCACCGCCACGGAAUUCACCAUCGAAACUACGGAGGAGGAGCGGCACGAGCAGGAGGAGCAGUACCAGAGAGCACUCGAGAUUGAACGCUCAAACAAGAAGUUUACGGACUGGCUGCAGAAGUUAAUGACGGAAGGACGCCCAGCCAGAAGAUCCCACGAGGGGUCAAAGACGAUCGAGACACAGGCUAUUGAUUGA